AUGAAUUACAGUAAUGAAUGUUUUUCAAACUUAGAUAAAAAUAAUGAAAAUACACUAUUGGAACAAAUAAAAUUAAAAAGUAUAUAUAAAGACAGGGAAAAAAAAGAAAUAAUUCAGAAAACACGUUUAACGACAUUUGAAGAGACUAGUUGUAAAACAGAAAAAAAGGAAAUAAAUCAUAAAAAAAUUAUUAAUAAUUAUGAUAAUGUUUUAAAUAGUGAAAAUAACAGUUCUUCUAAUAAGAAAGAUAAUAGUGUAAAAGAAGAAAAAAAUUUCAGUAAAAUUAAUGAUGAAAAUAGUAUUAACACAAUGAUAGAAAAAAUAAUACAAGAUGAAAAUAAACAAAUUGAUUUAAAAAUGACUGAUGAAAAUAAAAAUUUUUAUAAUAAUGUCUUAAAUAAUAAACUAAAUAGUAAUUUAUUUACACAAUUAAAAAAAGAGAUUAUUCAAAUAAAAAUUAAGAAAGAACAAGAAAAAAAUAACAAUAGCAUUAAUAUUUAUAAUAAUGUUUUAAGUGAAAUUAAUGAUAAAAAAGAAACUUCAAAUGAAGAAGUUAAUAUUAACAAAGAAUUAAAAAAAAAUGACUUUUUUUCUCUUACUCAUGAAAGUAAGGAUAUAGAAGAAAAUAAAGAAUUAUAUAUGUUAAAGGAUGAAAUAAAAAGAAUUGGAGAAAAUGAUAUUAUUUUAAAUAAAAUUUACAUGAAAUCAUUAAAUUUAAAUAAUAAGAGUAAUGUAAAUGAUACAUUAAAACAAAAACCGGGUAAAAGAUCAAUAGGAAUAAAAAGUUUACAUUCAUCCUUAUUUAAAGAAUCUAUUUUUGAAAAAAUAUUUGAAAACCAUUAUGAACUAAAAAAAUUUGAUUUCCUAAAAGAUAAAAAUACUUAUUUAAAGCUAUUUGAAUCAACAAAAAGUGGUAUUAAAAAAAAAAGCUCUUUUUUAAAAAGAAUUAAUAGGGAAUGUAAUGAUAGAGAUGAGAUAAAAAUAUUUGAUGAAAAUACAUAUAAAAAUAUAUUUAUAGUUAUGAAAAAAUUAAAAAUAUCUAUGCAAGAUUUGCAUUAUAUCCUUUAUAACAUGAAAGAAAAUAAAAUAUUUCAAGAAGAAUUUGAAUAUAUUGAAAAUUUAAUACCAAAUGAUAAAUAUAUAAAUGAAUUAAAAAAUCUACAAAAUAAAUCAAAUUGGAGAGAAAUUGAAUUAAAGUUAAGAAACACAGAAAAGAUAUUACUGCCUAUAUGUAAUAUUAGUAGAAUAAAAAAUAGAAUCAGAAUUUUUAAAUUUCAUUACACUAUUGAAAAAUUAAAAAAUAAACUACUCGAAAUAUUUAGUUUAUUUGAUAAAGUAUGUUAUGAAUUAAAAAAUAGCAAAUUAUUAAUAGAAAUAUUUCAAGCAAUUUUGAUGUGGGUAAAUUUCGUAAAUAAUGGUGAUACGGAACAUUUGGAAAUUAAAAGUUUUGAUUUGAUUCAUUUAAGCAAAUUAAAAUAUUUUAAAACAACAGGAGGUAAAUUUAAUGCUUUAGAUUAUAUUAUAGUUAAUAUGAUCUCUUUUAAUUCGAUAAGUAAUAUUAACGAUAUAAUAUAUUUGCGUGAAAUAUUAAAAAAAAUACAUAUAAUAAAAGGUUGUGAAAUAGUAGAAGAAAUAAAUUAUAUUGAGAAAGAAAUAAAUCACAUAAAUGAAGAAAUAAAAAAUUAUAAAAAUGAGUAUUCCAAUGUAAUCGUUGUUUUAAUGAAAAUAAUAGAUAAAAGUAAUAAUAUACUGAAGAAAAUAAAUAGUUCUUUAAAAAAUUCCAAAGAAAAUAUAUUAUCACUUUCUUCGUAUUAUGGAUUAGAGAAAACUCUAUUAAAUAAAGAUAUAAUGAAAUUUCCAUCAUCUGAGUUAUUAUUUAAAGAAUUGUUUGUUUUCAUUGAUGAUGUUUACAAUAUAAUGAAUGAAAUUAUUCGAAACCCAAUUAAAAUGAAUAUUUUAUUAAUAGAUGAAAAAAGGAAAUUAGGAAAUUUUAAAAAUAUUGAAUUUUAUAAAGAUAAAAAAAUUUAUCAUAGUUCAACAUUUUAA